AUUCAUUUUCGAUACAUGCCGAAAUCUAUUAUCGCCCACUAAGAAAUACUUUCAAAAAUUUCAAGAGUUUUAGUUGACGUAUUCGCAGAAAAGAAAGGGUCUGUGUUCAUAAUGAAUGUUCGAAAUGCAAGGCCUGAGGACCUGAUGAACAUGCAGCAUUGCAACCUACUGUGUCUACCUGAGAACUAUCAGAUGAAAUACUAUUUCUACCAUGGACUCUCUUGGCCACAGUUGUCAUAUGUAGCUGAGGAUGAGAAUGGAAAGAUAGUCGGCUAUGUACUUGCUAAAAUGGAAGAAGACCCAGAGGAUUCUGUGCAGCAUGGUCAUAUUACAUCAUUGGCUGUGAAGAGAUCACACAGGAGGUUGGGUCUGGCCCAGAAGUUGAUGGAUCAGGCUAGUCGUGCCAUGGUAGAGAGCUUCCAGGCUAAAUAUGUCUCUCUCCAUGUGAGGAAGAGCAAUAGAGCUGCCCUUCAUCUAUACACACAGUCAUUAAAAUUCCAAAUUAGUGAAAUAGAGCCUAAAUACUAUGCAGAUGGUGAGGAUGCUUAUGCUAUGAGACGAGAUCUAUCCAAGGAGUUCCCAAAGUCAGAUGAAAAGGCUAUUACUCAAUUAACAGAAUCAGUUGUCAAGUCAUGAUACCCAUACUUCUAAAAUUGGAGCAUACAGGAACUCAAUAUAUAGAACAAUAAUGUUAGGGCAACGAUUGAUGAAAAUGGAGAAAUGGACAUUACAUCUUCAAUCUCAAUUGUUUCUGGCUUAUGUAAAGUCAAAGAAAAAAUGUUUUUCAUAAUCAUGUCAUGCUUUAGUACUUUUGAGUAGUUCAAUCAGCUAAUCCCCUGUGUUCCAUUUCGUUCUUAAUACAUUGUCAUGGAAACAAUUGGCUUUCUCUAGAAGAUACAUGUAGAAACUGACUGAAUUGUUACAUGUCCAUCUCAUGGUUUCUGGCCAGAUUCAUGCCUGUGUAUUUAAAUCUAAGAUUCCUUGGGAUCUAACAUUUCUAUAUCCAUUACUAAGUGUAUUCCAAAUACUAUGUACCUGUAUAAUAACUUAAUGUGUAUUUGUCAAUAAAUAACAGCACAGUAUAUAAA